AUGGUUAAUUUUACUAAUUAUCCCUUUUCAGCGUACGAACCAAACCAACCAGCUGCUUGUAUCUUUGCUUUUCUUGUCGGUCUUUCAUUGAUUGUCUGGAUUAUUCAAUGUAUUCAAUCACGAUUUAUUCCACGUCGUAUCAGUAUUCUACUUCUUAUUUCUCAUUUAACCAUCUUUGCUGAACUUGUACUUCGUGUAAUAUUCUCUACCGGUAUGCAAAAAUCUCGUGCUCGAUACACAGCUGGAACUGCUCUUCUAGCCAUUGGACAACGGCUAAUUAUUGUAGCAAAUUAUGAUUUUCUACUUCAAGCCCGUGCCAUUCAACCAUCUUUCGCUCGAAUAAUUCGUAUUCUAACAAUAGUGUGCGUCAUCGUAUCUGCUGCUCUAUUAUCUACAGCUGAACAACUCUCCCACAAAACAAAGAUGAUUAAAACAAGUUUUUUACUUCGACAAAUUUCCGCAUCGAUUGUUUUAUGCUUAACUGAACUUUUCUAUUUACUCUGGUUUCUAACAAGAACAUCGAAAGAUAUAGGAAUAAAAGCGAUCGUACUAUUAGGUAUCGCAAGUUUCUCUUCAUUAGUUGUUGCCGUUUUUCAUACCUUCAUUUCUGUUCCCGAUUAUUACCUUCCUACACGUGAACAAGAAUUUUGGUCUUAUAUAUUUCAAUUAGCGCCUAUUAUUAUUGCACAAUUGACCUGGACACUAUUGCAUCCGAAGCGAAGUCUGUUACCUAACUACGAACAGGCAGAGCUAGAAGCAAUCUAA